AUGCUGCUGUCCAAUGAGGCAAGGAGAGAAGUAGCCAAGCAGGCGAGAGCCGUGAAGGAGGAACGGCGGGCAGCUCUGGAUGCCCGACAUAAAUACCUGAUGAGCAGGCUGGCAGACGCCGGCAGCCUGGAGGAGGCGGCGGUGGAAGACGCCAUGGUCUCUGAUGACAGAUUCAGUCUGAUCCAUGAAUUCUUUGCUGCAAACGGAUCCAAGAAGCUGAUUUUCUUCCAUCAGGAUGUCAAACAGAGUCUGUCCUCCCGUCAGUCUUCCUCUGUGGACGCAUCAAACUCAGCUGUGGCUCAGAGGAAACUCUUCCUCACUACGGGGAACUCUGAGGUGAUUAAAGUCUCUGAGCAAACACUGGAUGACUGACAGCUGCAGGCUGAACAUCAGGAGGUCGAGAGGCCGAAGUCUGAGGAGCUCAAAGCUCCACAAACACUUAU